CGCUGUGAGUGGUUCGAUCAGGCAGAGGUGGGGAGAGAGACGGGAUCUCCCCGUUUAAAGCAGGACAGCGCCGAGUGUUGCAGGCAUCGUCCGCACCAUUAGCUCCCGCAAUUGACCCGCAGAGUCAAGCGGGCACAAUGUAUCUCUGCAGGAUCGCCUGGCACAACUUAGUGCCCUUGGCAAGGGUCCGGUCUUCCUCACGAUUAGUCGGGAACAUGUACAGAAAUGCAUCCAUCCGCCAGAUGUCUUCUGGUGGUCCUCCUGGCUCCUCAAGCGAGAACAUGGUAUAUGCUCUGAUGAUUGGUGCAGUGAUUGCAGGUGGAAGUGUUUAUACGUACAAAGUUCUCCGCAAGGACAAAGCCAGGUACAAUGAGAGAGUUGCAGAGAUAAUGGAACGCCCGAAGAGUGAGUGGACAGCUUGGCAACCAAAGAAGGAAGAUGAAUCAGAUCAAGUCCAGUCUCCUGAAGUUGUUGAAUCGAGUGGAGAGCCCUCGGAGUCAGUAACAGAAGAGGUCGAAGUCCCUGCAGCUGAAAGUGCCGAGCAACCUGAAAGCUCUGUAGCAGUUGUAGAACCCAACGAGAGCCCAUCAGAAGGAGAAGCUGCAUCGGAAGAGGAAGUGAUAGAAGUUCUGCUGCCGCCAGCUUCAGCAAAAGAACCAGAUGAGGUCCAGUCUCCUGAAGUGGUUGAAGCUGCUGGAGAGGUCACCGAGUUGGUAACAGAAGAGGCCAAGGUCCCCGUGGCUGAAACCAUCGAGCAACCUGAAAGUCCUUCAACAGUUGCAGAGCCCAAAGAUGUCCCACUAGAGGGAGAGACUGAGACAUCGGUUGCAGUUCCAAAGGAAUAGCUACAAUCUGAUCAAAUCAAAGGACAGGAACCAUCUCAUUUUGAUUAUUCAAAAUCUGCUAAGGUUGACUCAAGGUGCAGCAAAGGUGAUGCAGAGAAAACCUGCAAGGCUUAUUGAUUGGGGAGUCCAGGAUAGUUUCCAAAGUGUAAUAUAUUUCUAUUAUGUGAUUUAAUACAAUAAUAUUAGGUCAACUAAAGAUGAUUGACAUUAAUUUAUAAUCAUCUGAUUAUGUAACCAUUAACUAGGCCAUUACAUUUGUACACAUUAGGAACUUCUAAACAUGUAUUCUAUUUAUGAAUGAUGAUAAUCUGACCAAUUUAAAUUGCAAGUUAUGAUAGUGUUUACCAAACAAUACUGAAUAGGAUAGAUUACUGUUGCAAUGGAGAAAUACGUAACACACACUGUCCACCACCAAGGCCGCUUACUUUCAUCUCUGCCUCUAACUUGCCCCUAUCACCAAACCCCUUCCUGAAAAGCCCCUUCUGCACAUAUACUCAAGUGCUGGUGGACAGCCUUUCGCUGGCCAAUACUCCACAGGCUAGCAGUCACUUCCUGUCCGGAUUGGGACAGUAGAAUGCUAGUGCAUUUCAGUGGUUACAAUUGCCGUGACCUGACACUAUCGCAAGCAGUAAGGAAACUAACAGCUUCCCAUUACUGAAAACCCACUAGCAUUUAAAAGCACCCACCACUAUCCCCAUUCCCUCACCACCCCAUCCCAGGGAUAUGCUUUUGAUGCCCCCAGAGAACUUGAGCAGGAAGGAAAGCCUUACUUAAGGCAGGAGAGUUGGCAUUUUCAAAAUUUAAAACAGCCAAAUAAAUUUAAGUUUAAGUCAAUAUUCUAUUUAAAAAAGCAAACAAUUUGAAGUAAAAUGUUCUCCUUGUAUACUUCACUUUAAAGUUCAACCGAGAUAAUGCAGUUGUGCUAUUGUAAUUCGGAAACCAAAUUAAUGUUUUGUUUGUGGUGGUUGUGUCAACAGUUACAUUUUCAAUUUUUUUGCAAAAGAACUGAAAUAAAGUAGUUGGAAGUAA